AGGGAGGUGCUGUGGGUGGGUGGUUAGGCGGAGGGAAGAAAGGCUUCAGUAUAUCGACGAAGCUGACCUGGCACCUUCACUCAAUUAUGAAGGCCACUAAGUUCUUCAUCUUCGUCAUCAUACUAAAAGGGUCGCGGGGGGUUCGCAUCCAGGGCGUGGAGGUGCCCGGGGAGGUGCAGGCCGGGGAGGACGUGUCAUUGCGCUGCCGAGUUGACCCCUGGCCCGGACCUCUCUACUCCCUCUCGUGGUGGAAGGACGGCGCCCAGUUCUACCGCGCCGCCGUCACCGCCUUCCCCGCCGGCAGGAACGACACGCCCUCCAGCGGCAGCCUCGCCACCGUCUUCCCUCAGCCGGGACUGUCCGUGAAGGUGGGCGGGCGGGGCCUGGGACACGUGGUCCUGCAGGCCGUCACCGUGGCUGCCUCGGGGCUCUACAGCUGCGAGGCCGUGGCGGACUUCCCUUCCUUCUCGCAGCACCUCGUCAGCGCCAACCUCACCGUCGUGGAUCCCCCGGACACGAGGCCUGUAGUAUCCGGCUUCAGGGUUCGAUACCGCCCCGGGGAUCAGCUGACUGCCAACUGUACCGUGCUGCGCGCCCACCCGCUUCCCACGCUCACCUGGUUCAUCAACAGCAAAAAGAUCGUGAACGGGUCGCAAAAGGUGGUGGAGGUGGUGCCCGAGGAAGACCUGACCUCCACCCUCACCGGCAGGGUCUCCAUCCGCCUCCAGCACUCCCACUUCGUCGACGCCACCUUCAACCUCACCUGCGGGGCGCGGGUCGGGGCGGCCCUGUGGACGGCCACCACCAUCACGGGGCACCUGGCACGAGGCAGCCUCCAAACCUACCUGGGCGUGGGCGGCGACACGCGCGGGGACCACUCCCAGCCCUUCCAGAGCCUGCACGCCGGCCAGGCCGCAGUUGAGGGCUGUGGCCGCCUCAGCCUUCUGCUGCCCCUGCUGCCCCUGCUGGUGGGUGCUGCCGCCCGGCGCGUCACCUGCAGGGAGGCUGGCCGCCGCCUGCUGUACUGAAGACGAGGCUUUCUGCACGACAGACUAAGAUGGGGA